AUGCAUCCCAUGAUCCUUUGGGCUGCAUUUUCGUGGCUGAAAUCUCUUGAUCGCCGCAAACCGAGUUCCGGUUCUUGCGGCGGCGAAUUUUCAUCAAACAAUCUGAGCGUUUCAACAAAGCCCGUACUUUUCCCGACGCUGGGGCUAGAUUAUCAGUUUGCUGUGAUUUUCCAACAACUGAGAAAUUCCGAGCGCAUUCCGAAACAAUCAAUCCGGUCUCUGCUGUCGAGUGGACGAGGGCGUGACGACGAGGAAGUGGAAAGUGAUACAGAAAAGAAAUAA